CGAUUUGUGUUCCGGACAACAAUUAAAAUAGUGUCUACAGUGUGAUUGUCAUCUACAUACAUCCGACGAACUGGCCGAUUGACGGCUGACAUAUAGGACUGACGUGUACAUACUACAUACAUAUGAGAUUUAGUGUAGUUUCUACGUAAGAAAACAAUUUUAAUCUCUUUUUUCUGCAAUUUGGGAGCAAUUUGAAAACUUUAAACGCGUCUCCUGAAAAAUACUGUUUUUGCGUUAUGGCAUAUGGCUAAAUAUUUAUCAAAAGUGAAGGUUUUCAAAGAGAAGGAAACUUAGCAGCCCAGAAAAAAAAAAUACUUAUAACAUUCCCUCACUGAGGAGGUGCUGAAAACAUAUUUAAUAAAAUAUAAAAACAAAAACAAAAUAUAUCAAAAAUAUGCUAUCAUCAUCAGCGCGCAUAGCUGUUCAUCGGGGCUCACAAACAUUGUGGCUAAGAACUGUUCACGCCAUCACCGUUGCCCUAUUGUGCGGAUCAUUUGUGACGACCGCUUUUGGAGCGCCAGCCAAACUUGAUGCUAUUGCACCACCACCACAAUCGCCAUUUCCUUUAGAAGCGCAACCACCGCAAUUUACUGCUCUAAAAAAUGGUAAAAAUGGCGGUGUAGGUAACAGUGGCUUCAACCAGAACCAACCUUCGGCCAUCGAUAGUUAUGGUAACCCGAUUUCGGCACUAAAACCCAUCGAUACACCCGAUGGCCGGAAGGUAAUCAGUGCGCAGGGCUUACAAUUCGAAAUACCGAACUAUGCCUCGGGCAUAACCGAGAUAAAGAAGCCGGCCGAUGACUUACUGCCACCAUUCAUUGGUGAGUUUAAUAAUAACACUAAUACAAAAAAUACACUUUUUAGUGCACACACCAAUACUACCAAAUUAAAUACGACCGAUCAACAAAACGAAAACGAUGAACCGAAAAGUGAACAACAAGAGCAUUCCGAUGCAAGGAAAGUGAUAGAUGGCGAGCAAUUAGAGAACGAAAUUAUUGAAAAUGAGUUAGCACGUUUUAAACGUGAAAUAGUGGUCACUCACAGCACAAAAAACACUCCCGAAAAGAACAAUGUUGAUAAUGGUGGCGAUUUGAUUAGCACGGAUGCACAUAAAAACUUAAAUUCACAAGAAAUCAACACCUUAAAACAAAAUAUGCACUUGAGUGAAAAGGAUCGCACGCUUGCCGGCACUAGCACCACCUCGAACACAUUCAAAUCAAACACUGUUGACACCACCACAAGCGCAUCACUUCUAUUGGCUUCUUCGCCUCUACUAUCGCACGCACAAACAUAUUUUGAUCAAUUCGCUAAAUCAAGUUCUAAAAAGCAUACCUUAUUUAAUUUAAGCGAGGAACGCUCACAAAACUUAGAAUAUAGUAAACCAUCACUAACGCCCGCAUUAAUCCCACUAAAAUCACAAGAAAAUCCAGUUAGCACUAAUAAAAGCCUCAUUCACCUACCCGAAAUGCCUGCCCUUACCAUCCCACACAACAAUGCUCCCCCUCCCUUGAGUAAUGGUAAUUUUAACUAUCCAAACGUGCCUACUGAUCUAGCCAUUAUAAGUCGCAUAGCUGCUAAAUACCGAACUCCCCUUCCCACCUUAGAUCCCAUUGCCGUUGGUGUUCCGAGCGACUCGGCUGAGGGUACGACUGGCACGGGCCCACUUCCGGAAGCGGCUGCAACAGCAAUCACCACGACAACUGUAGAUGUGGAGAAUGCACAGCUCGUCGAAUUGAAGGCGAGGGAAUCGAGUGCAGUCUUGCCAUUCCCAACCGCCCAUGAACAAAACAAUGGCAUCAGCCCAUUGCCGGCGUACAUAGUCGAGCUAAACGACCCUGAUAUAGGUGGUCCAGUGGAGUAUAUGCCCGCUGACGAUGGUUACUCACUUAAAGUCAUCGCUUGGGAUUUGCUGCCACCGUUAGAGCAAGAACCAAAAAUAAUCACUGCAGAGAAUAAUGUGCCGCAGCGCGUAUCUGGUGUCGAAGACCCAAUACCACAUAACAUAAAAGUUUCCCUCACCGCCGGGCAGAGUUUGAAUACACAGGGCAAUCUAAAAGGCGUAUCCAGUGAAGGUAGUGUUUCCAUAGAACCCCUUACAGAUACAAAAUGGGGCGACAUUCAUUCUACGAGCACAACGACUACCACCACACCCAGAGCCACUACCGUGCGUACCACAAAGCCAACAACAACGAGGACUACGACGACAACUAAUCGUCCAACAACAACUAAACGUCCUACGACGACAACCACAACCAAAAGACCAACGACGACAACAACACGUCGCACCACAACCACUAGUCGAACCACUUCAACAACUACCACUCCUGCGCCGCUUAAUCCUAACGACUUUUUCCAAUUAGAACACGGUGAUUCGUUCACAAUACCAUCUUGGUUAGCCGAUAUUGAUGACCCUGAAUUGGAUGCAGCGGUAACAUACAUCGUUCCGGAUGAUAUUCACGAAUACAAUGAUACAAUCUCCCGGGAUAUCCUGCCUCCACUUGAGCCAUACACCGAUCUCAAUAACAUCGAUUUGCCAGCACCAGCGUCCCAGCUGACAACAACAACCACCACAACGAACCGACCACGUACCGCAGCUCCAAAUUUCAGUACACGCCAAGUCGUCACCACAACCACUCGACGUCCCACCGUGUCCACGCCGCGACCUCAUUGGGUGCGUGCCUAUCCCACGACUUCCCAAACUACCAGCACUACAACAACCCAAAAACCGAACUCCUUCGAUGAUCGUUUCUCCUCUAAUCACAUUGCACAGUCGCACGAUUCAACAUCCGCCUCAUCUUCUACAUUCCCCAGUUCGAAAGUAAGCACAUCAUUCCUUAGCAAAAGUACUACCACUACGACGACGACACAAAGACCGCGUUUAACAACACCUACGCACCAACAGCUUAAUUAUUUUAGUCGAUUUAAUCAAGAUCUUCCUAACGCUAAUGUAGAUCAUAUAACCAAUGCCGAAGUGGAAGAGACCGUAGCGGUGGAAAAAUCUAAAUUAUCAAAUUCCAACCCCUUCUUGCCAGCGCGGCCAUUUGGAUCGCUGAAUUCAGGCCAAUUCGUCACGACAACAACAACCACAACCACGACGACAACUCCAGCAACGGCAAUAGAUGAGAAUCCGUUUGAUUCUGCCACUUUGCCACCUUGGUUAGCUGGCUUCGAUUAUCCCGACUUGAGCCCAGGUGUGCCAUUCAUUUACAAUACGGACGAUUCCAAUUCAGACGUCCACAAUGAUUUGCUGCCACCCUCGCAGCAGAACAUAGAGGCAACAGAUGCAACAAAGCCAGUUUUCAUAACUUCCUCCCCCGCAUCCUUUAACUCCUUCCAAACUUCACCCAGUUUAUCUAAUCGGCACGACUCCACUUUCGCUUCCGCCUCUACUUCUACCACACGUACUUUUGCUUUUAAUAACUCCCCAUCAAAAGUCACUACCACUGUCAAACCAUCAAACAUCCAUAAUCCAUUCGCGCAAGUGCCUAAUUACAACAGCAACAAGCAAGAAGAGACCGCCACUUUGCCACCAGUCCUUUUCAUACCACCAACUGCAGAAAACGAAAGCAAUAAUGAAGCUGCAAACGGAAAUGAUGUCAGCAAUCGAAAUCCUCAAACAGACAACCUAAGCGCUAACAUUUACAACCAACAACAGUCUCAACUGCAACCAGCAGCAUCCGCUGGACAAACAUUUAUCCAGAAACCAUCCUCAUCAAGUUUUAAUACAAAUUUUGCAGCUCCAUUCGAAUCAACGGCGGCACCUGGAAGCGGCGAUGCAUCCUCCCCAGCCGAUCAAGAUUUUGGCAGUUCGACGAAGACGACAUUUACGAAGAGUAACGAAGGCAAAGUGAUAACUAACAACAUACUCGGCCCUAGCAGUGCUAGUACAACACCAACGAAGCAAUUCGGAUUUAGUACAAUUUCCACCACCGGGCAAACGAGCCUCCAAAAAGAUUUUCAACACAGCACAUCAAGUAGCUUAAGCGGAAGUUCACAAACUUUCAAUAAAGCGGCCACCCCUAGUGGAUUCUCAACGUUUACCAGUACGCAGCAGAGCACGAAUUUCGCCGGUUUUAGCAGCAAGGGUAGCGUCGGUUCAACAACUAAUGCCGGCGUUGGCAAGUACACCGGUGGCUUUGGCGGAUCACCAGGUGUUCUGGGUAGCGGAAAAUUGGGUUAUGCUGUGCAAGCAGAUGGAUCUGCAGCUACAACUGCAACUUUACCAAAGCUACCUGCAAAUCCCAGUUUUGCAAAUCGCAUCGGCAUUGCGGAACCUGCCGGGGUCACGUCCAGUAUCGGGGCUGGUCUCAAUAAGUAUCAAGGAACUUUUGGUGGCCCACCCGGAGUUCUGGUUCCUUUUGACAAUGUCAAAAGCGGAUAACUACAGUAGGAGUAAGCACGGCUAAGAGCCGAUCGCAGCGUCAAGGAUUAUUUAUUUAUACAUAUGCUUAUACAAUAUAAUUGAGAGUAUUCUAGUUUGUCAAGCAAGUUCACAUUUAUAAGAUGAAUCGACAAAAUUAAACCUACGAAUCAAAACUGCUCGUAUUUUAAUGUAAUAUUUUAUAUAAUGAAAUUAAAAAAUGGUAUUUCUUCUACUUA